AUGUCAGUUUAACAAAUAAGUAAACUAGGUUAUCUCAAAAAAUAUAUGGAUGACACCUAACCAUAAAAAAAAAAGGGGAAGAAAAAAAAGAAAGUAGAGAAAUAGACUGUCAAAUUGAUUGAUGAAGAGGAUUUUCUUGGGUAGAAUAAGAAAAGUGAUGAUGAGAAUGAUGAUAUUUUAGAUGAUGAAAAUAUUCCAGUUUUUGUAGACAACCCUGAGACUUCAAAGUUGACUGCAAAUCAAAAAAUUUUAGCUCUUUCUAAUUUAUAAACGCAAGAUGAAAAUAAAAAGAAAUAAAAAAAAUAAUCAUCUAGUUCUUCUUCAAGUAGAUCUUAGAGCUCUUCUUCAUCAGGUGACUCGUCUGAUGAUGAAAAAGAUAAAAAGAAAAAGAAAAGUAAAAAGGAUAGCAAAAAAAAGAAGAAAAACACAAAGAAAAGAAGACAUGACAGUGAUAGCGAACCAGAUGACGAAAUCAUGAAACUUGAAAAAGAAGCUUUGCAUGAAAAGAAAUUUAAGAGCUAAAUGAAUAAAGCAUUGGGAAUUGAAGGGAGUGAUGAUGAUGGAAAUAAUGAAUAGCCUACUUAAACAAUACAUCGUGAUGAAUUUGGUCGUAAAAUAGACAUAGACAAGAUUAUUUAGGAAAAACUUUCAAAGAAAGAGCAAAUAGAAGAGUUAAAGAAAAAAAAUUAGGAAAGAAUAGAUUAAUGGGGAAAAGGUAUGAAGUAAAAAGAGUAAAAACUAUAAUAAAAGUAAAACGAAAUAAAUGCAGCUAAAGAGACUUAUAAUGGAGAUUACACAAUAUCAAAGCAAGCUGAUAUAGAAUUAAUGAAACAAGAAAAAUUCAAUGAUCCUAUGAGAUUGCUUAUAUAAAAAGAAGAUUAAAAAAUUGCAUCUGCCUAGUUAAAUUUGCAAAAUAAGCAAUUUUGCAGACUGAAAUGUAGAUUCCCAGGAGUAACCAAUAGAUUUGACAUUCCUCCUGGCCACAUGUGGGAUGGAGUAGAUAGAGGUAAUGGUGCUGAAAAAAGAUAUUUCAAUAUGGUUAAUUAAAAAAAAGAUAGAGCCAAUAAGGCUCAUGAAAUGGCUACACUUGAUCUAUGA